AUGCGUACCUCCAUUUUCCUCGCAACAGCUCUUGCUACCCUUGGCACUCAAGCCGACGACACCAGCAGCGCCAUUAUUGGCUACUUCUCUCCUUCUUGGGAUGCAGGCUUCCUCAAGUACGGCGGUUGGACAAGCACCGCCGCCAGCCUCGUCACCUACAACACCAAGGCCGCCACCUACCACGUCGGCUGUGUGAAAGAUGCCCCUAAGACAGAUUGCAACUAUCCCGCUUCGUGGACGAUCAUUCAAGGUCCGGAGACAGUCAGCGUGACCGGGCAAUAUAUCGCAUCCACCUCGGACAAGUCAAACAGCUAUGAUCUCACUCUCACCCAGUCCUAUGAGUGCUCUCUGAAAGCUUCAACCGAAUCCGCCAGCUGCACUAUGAGUCUGGGCAUGAACGGAUCCUUAGAUGGAGGGAGCUACAAGUCUUCCACUACCAACAAGGCUACCUACACCACAGCGCCGAUGUCCAAUUCAUACUACCAGUUAACGGUUACCGCCGGACUGGAGUCUGUUACCCUUACGACCCCCGGCGCAACCCUGACAACUGCGGAGACAACUUCGACUACAUCUGUCGAGACUACUCAGUCAACUGGCGGUGCUGUUGGACACGCAGGUGCUUUGAUCACGGCUGCUCCUAUGGUUGCUGCUGCCGUCGCUGCCCUACUGUGA